AUGAACAGUCUUCAGCAGACUGUGGGCAUUGAACUGGAGUUCGCAAUCGUAUACAAGGCUGAUGCGUUUGCAAACAUCCCUGGUCUGACGCCUUCACGCCCAUUAGCUAACGUGCCCGCAGAUCAAGCAAUUCAACACUUCCUUAAACAAGCAGGUGUUGCUUCGAACUUGGCCCGUGAAUCGCCAGAGGAUGCUCCUUACGAAGACUGGACUGUUGACCACGACUGCUUGGAAUUCACACCCGCCGAGGAGGCUUCGAUACCAGACGGCUGGACACGGGAGCACAUCGAGCUGCAAUCUCGAGUAUUCUCCUAUGCUAACGACAAUUGGUCAGCUGAAAUUCAGCGUGUGACGGAGGUGCUCUCCAUGAUGCGCUCCAAUUACCACUGUGCAAUUCUCACGAACCGCACUUCUGGUUUUCACGUUCACAUUGGCAAUGGUCCGGACUUCAUCCCAUUCAAAACAGGCAAGCGGAUCGCACAACUGUUCACUGCAUAUGAAUCUCGAUUCGACCAGAUGCACGCCGCAACACGUGUCCUUGCACCUGGUCUCGACAUCGAACCCUUUCGCUACGAGCCUCUGGUCCCUUUCUGGUUUGCUCCGCCGUCGUUCUACCAUUGGAACCACAACGCCGAUUUCCACAUUUUGCCAAUCGACAAUCGCAUCCAUCAUUCUGACAACGAGAACGUGUUCAACUGGAUUCAAAGAAUCGAGAAAGCGACCGACUACCAAGGCCUCGCAGAUCUGAGUAUUGUAAACUCUGUCUGUGGUGACAAAUUGGGCCACCACGCGGCGUUGAACUUCGAUAACUGUUACGAAGAUGGAUUCUACGGAGAUACAUUCGUCAAGAAAACCAUCGAGUUUCGUCAACAUAUCGGAACUGUGGACUUCCAGUCAAUCGUCUCCUGGAUUCAGUUUUUGAGCCAAGCGGUCCAGUUCUGUCAUACCGCCGACGAUGCCGACUUUGUCUACUUGUUGACGAAAACUACAGAUGUCACGUUUACACUUGCUCAUGUCCUGGAUGCAAUUGGAUGUGACGAUCAUCUGAUUGAGCACUUGCAACGUCAGGAUGAAAGUCAGGAGCUUAUCCAGCGAAGACACACGGACUCUGAUGCUGCAUUCAUCGAUGAACCAAUGGUCGCUGAGUUGGUUGCUAACAAUGACGAAGAACAAAGCGACGCAUAUCAAUGGUCGACAAUCGUCAAACGAUGCGGCACAAAAUUCGAUUCCGGAUAUUACGGUCUGGAUCCUACUGCUGCGGCUCUUCCAUUUGAGCUGGCUGAUGUGCAGUAUUUGCUUGGCCUAGCACGAGCCAAAGCUGAACUCCAGUGUGGUCCUGACGAGGAUACGGCAGCACCUGUUGCGAGAGCUUCGGCUUUCAAGUUGCUUGCCAAUAUCUACGCCCGCCUGGACAACUCUCUGGAUCCUAGGUCUGCCGUUCACCGCGAAUUCGAUGCGUGGGUCAGUCAGAAUUGA